AUGCCACGCGUGCGCACUCGACACGUCGUCCUCAGUGUCUCCAUCCUCUGCUGGAUAUACUACUUCCUUCCUAAAGACGAAGCCUUCCCGUCUCGCCAUGCCGUACACGAUCACGGGUCCACCGCUGCGUUGGCGCGCUACAUGAACGAUCCAUCUCAGAUUCCGCACAUCGUUGCGACGCCGAGUAGCUUCGACUGGAGUUCUGUGAACUUCACCUUCCCACCACCACAAAGCCCGAAACUUCCUACACCUUUCAUGGGUCGUCCUCGCAUACAACACAAGUUCAAACCCGACCCGCACGAUGUACAUACCAUACAAGAAGGGAGACGACGAUACGUGAAGAGAGUGUUCGAGAAGAGCUGGGCAAGCUACAGGAGCAAGGCAUGGAUGAAGGAUGCCCUGAAGCCUAUAAGUGGAGAGUACGUCGACCAGUUCUCUGGCUGGGCUGCAACUUUGGUGGAUUCACUAGACACACUCUGGAUGCUCGGCAUGCGUGAUGAAUUCUACGAAGCUGUCGAAGCAGUAGCGACAAUCGAUUUCGGCAAGUCUACAGCGCCAACUGUCAAUACGUUCGAGACGUGUAUACGGUAUCUGGGCGGGCUCCUUGCUGCAUACGACUUGAGCGGACACGAGGUGCUGAAGGCGAAGGCAAUUGAAGUAGGCGACCUGUUGUAUGGCGCUUUCAACACGGAGAAUGGCAUGCCUGUUGACUUCAUCAACUUCGAAGACGCGAAGCGGGGCACUGGUUUGAUAGUCGAGAACCAGGUAGUCAGCGCUAGUCCUGGUACCAUUACACUCGAGUUCAGCAGGCUGAGCCAGAUUACCGGAGACGACAAGUACUAUGCCGCCGCGUCGAAUCUGAUGGAUGUCUUUGCGGAGAGUCAAAAUGCGACGAAGCUGCCGGGCAUGUGGCCCAUGAUGGUACACAUGAGCGCGAAGGACGUCGUCUCUGGGUAUCAGUUCACGAUAGGCGGGAAUGCAGAUUCCCUGUAUGAGUACCUGCCGAAGGCGCAUGCUCUGCUUGGUUCAAAGGAGACCAGCUCGAGCAAAUACGAGGCCAUGUCACGCGCUUUCAUGGAUACGGCGAUGAACAACUUGUUCUUCGCACCUAUGAUACCAGGGAAGGAGGAUAUUCUGAUCUCUGGUAAUGUCGAUGUUCACGCGGAUGGUCCUAGUCUCGACCCUGAAAGCGAGCAUCUGUCUUGCUUUAUUGGUGGUCUUUUUGCGCUCGGCGGGCGUUUGUUCGAUGACGCGGAGUACCUCGAUACGGGAGCGAAGCUUGCCCGCGGCUGCGCAUAUGCUUACAAGGCAUUUCCCACUGGUAUCAUGCCAGAGAGGUACAACAUGGUUCUAUGCCCUAACUCCGAUCAUCGCAAACCCUGCGCUUGGGACGAAGAGCGCUAUGCUGUAGAUGCAGCAGCACGACCACAACACAAACCCCAUCUACCCAAAGGCUUCACCACUGCCAAAGAUCCCCGUUACAUCCUGCGUCCCGAGGCCAUUGAAUCAGUCUUCAUACUAUGGCGUAUCACAGGCGAUCCCAUCUGGCGCGAGACAGCAUGGCAAAUGUUCGAAGCUGUAUCCAGUGCAACAGACACCGAACUCGCGAAUGCAGCGAUCUUGGACGUUACAGUCAUCGGAUCGAAGAAGGAGGAUUACAUGGAGAGUUUCUGGAUGGCUGAGACGCUCAAGUACUUUUACCUGUGCUUUGCAGAUACAGACUUGAUUAGCUUGGAUGACUUUGUGUUGAACACUGAGGCGCAUCCCUUUCGGCUAUCUAGGGGGUAG